AUGGACGUGACAUUCAUCAACUCUGGCGCUUUAAGCCGCGCCCACUACUCUUUGGUACGCAAGGUGGAAUCUGCGCAGUCCCCGCAAGCAGCAGACCAGAUCCACCUGACCGAAAUUGAUGGCAUUAGACGUCACUUUGCUGUUGGAGGUGUAUCGCUCAAAGAAUGCAGGGAGAAGUUAAUCAUGCUUCUUUACUGUGCCAUGAAUUUGACCCACGUUAAUCCUGGCGAGCUCGCGUUUGCUUUGCCACAAGCUGUCAAUCUGGCCGAGAUGGGGCAGACGUUACGUGACAAGCGACUCGGUUUUGUCUUUUGCACUGAAGUUAUGCCACCGAAUCACGAAUUGCAGCUCAUGUUGGUCAAUACCAUUCGCAAGGAUUUAGAAAGCUCGUCCACAGCACGUGUUUGCCUCGCUCUCAGUGUCUUAAUUCAAAUGCCAAAUGACGAAGUGAUACCCGCAGUACAAUCGCAUUUGCAGGCCCUAUUCAUGCACAAGUCGAUAUCAGUUCGUCGUAGAGCUUAUUUGGCAUAUCACUCGCUACUACAUAAUGACCCUUCGCGCUUGACACCACUAGAGGAUGCAGUGGUCCUCCGCAUCCAACGUACGCUACCUUCUAUAGAUUCCUGCGCUAUGGCAGUAGCCAUAAAACUCAAUCAAGUUGAUUCCAUCAAUGACGAAGUCAACGCUCUCCUGCCAAUUGUAUGGCAAAGACCCGGCCGUCAGUCUCAAUCCCUUACUUUAUUGGUUCUUCGAGCCCUUCGGAAGGCCAAGCUAUCAAUUCCAAAUGUUGGUAUUGUACUUGACAUCAUCAAGCGCACAUCCAGUCCCCCAGUGCGAGUAUUGCUGCGGGAGGCUUUUCUUGUCUUAUCCUCCGUGUCAGUGGAGGCUGUCCAAGAAUGCCAAAUACGGCGGUCUCUGUCGCCAGUGGCUUGCAUUCGACGCCUAUUGACGUCAAAGGAUGCUAACGAUCAGUACCUCCCCACUCUUUGGGCAGGGACCCUACCAGGAACAACAGCAGUCUUGGACGAAUGGGAGGUUCAAGAGGUUAUGAAACUUCUUGAUUCACAUGACAGGCUUGUCCGAAAGAUAUUGCUACACAAUUUUCCGACUGAGUUAACUCUAUCUGACAAGGCCGAAUAUGUUUCUCGUCUGCUUGAUGUUGGCGAGCUUCAGUAUGGGAAUGACGGAGAACAAUAUGCUAGCUACCUUAAGGACAUCUUUGCCAUCGCAGAGGGUGACACUCAAGGUCAUACGGAGGACAUGUCUGUUCUCGAAGUAGGCGUUGAGAUGAUCCUUACCUACAUCCGGGAAUUUGAUAUUACAUCUCGUAUAUCGUGCGUUACUGCAUUGGCGGUGUCUGUCACAGAGUCAGAUGCUCGGAUUGGACCGACUCUAAUGGUGGUUAUUUCCGCUUUGGUUUGUGAAUACUGCGGAAAGAUAGCAACAUCACCCUUAGCACUACUCCAGGGAAUAGCUAGCAGACUUGUUUCAUAUGGUGUUACAGUUCAAGAUGCAUGUCUGCUAUCUAUGCUUCGGAUGUCUGCAGAGUGUGACCAGAUUCCCCACGUUGUCUUGGAGCUUGUUACCGGAAUAUCCCAGUUCUCCGGAAAGCGUAUUCGGAAUCGGUGUAGCCUGUUCCUGACAUACUGUGGUCAAAGGGAUGCACUCACUGGUAUCAUUGCUCAAGCAUCCACGUCUUCACUUCCAGACUUUUUGGCUGCUCUAACAACUUAUGGAUCAAAUCCCGGCGCCUCAACGCCCGCUAAUUUAAAGUCUCCGUCGGCAAUAUACGGACUUUCGCCGGGCUCGCCUCCACGAGCUAGCUUAUCUCCCAGAAAGUUACGUUACGAAGCAUAUGGCACUCCCCAGGCUGUGCCCAGUCUAAGGCAUCUAUUAAGCCCGCGCAAAAAUGAAAGCACCCUCUCAAGUCCGGGAAGUAGGACACGAAGCUCCUCACGUGCGAGUGAACGUGGGAUGUCAUCCGAACUUACAAGGACCAUCACUCCAGGAGAAUUGACUAUUGCUGCCGCGCAGUCUGACUACAAUCAGCUUGACCACGUUCGGAAUUCGAAUACGCCACCGAACGAAGAUUUACGGCUAAUGACAUCGUGUCACAAUCAGGCAUCUCGUAUUGAUCUCAUAUCGCUUGAUGCUGCCUUCAGCGAAGUGCCUCCGGACUUCGAAGAAGUCUGGGAUGUGAUGGAAAACUCCAAUCUCCGAGGCUGGUGCGAGUCAUCGAUGGACCACGUAGUGAGACUUCUACAGAGUUUACAGCACUCCAUGAGAGUCAUUGCGGUUGAUCAGCCACCAUUUGAAGGUAUGUCUACCCUCAAAACCGGUCUGCAAGUUAGAACCAUGCUGAGAUCUAUAUUUCUCAAAGUCUUGGUCGCUGCCUCACCGGUGGAGCCGAAGCAAGGUGCCGCCCUUCGUCUCCGGGAGAGCGAAGAAGAAAGCUGCUUGUGGCGUCUCCGGUGCGAUGAUAUCGAAUUACGAACCACUAUCAAGAAACUCUUGGAGGACAUAUAA